ACAACGAGAGUGGGGUGUCAAGUGAUGUAAAGAAAAAAUAAAGAAAUAAAAGAAGAAAAGUAAAAAAGGGUGGUGAGUGGAGCAUAUGGUGAUGAAUAAAAUAAAGGAGGAAGCCGUUUGACUGGGUGGCCCCCUCAAAGAGAGAGAGAGAGAGACACGUGGGUGAUGUAGAGAGAGAUACCCAGCUAGAGAGUUGCAGGCUGUUUGUGUAUGUUGCAGAGAGAGAAGAGAGAGAUGGGUUUGGUGUGUAACCAGGCGAUGUAAAACAUUGGUGCAGUUGUGCCUUCUGUCCCUUUGAAUGAUAUUAUUACGGGUACCAAGCACAUUUGCUAUGCAAAGACUCAAUGCUCUCCAUAGCAAGAAGGGUAUCACUAUCAAUGGCAUCGACGACGAGACCAUCUUCUCCAAAUUCUCUUUUCCAGACUCAUCAUGAAUUCAAACAAUUGUUUCGGGGGAUCGAUAAAGCUCACAACCUUAGUUCGACAGCUCCGACUUUACAAACCCCCUCCCCCGACGAUCGAUGAAACAACCGAUGUCGAAGAGCAGAGAAUCGAAGAGAGUGCAGGGAAGGUGGUUUCUCAGGUGGGUUUUGUCGAAUCUGCAACCCCAAUUACCGGAAAACCCGAAAGAUCCAGACCCAAGAGAGCCUCUGUUCUGAUCUGUCUCUUUGAAGGGGAUGAUGAUGAUCUUCGUGUCAUUCUCACUAAGCGCGCUUCCAAGCUCUCUUCUCACUCAAGUGAAGUUUCAUUGCCAGGUGGGAAAGCAGAGGAGGGAGAUGCAGAUGAUGCGGAAACAGCAACUAGGGAAGCAAAUGAGGAGAUAGGGUUGGACCCUUCUCUUGUGAAUGUUGUGACUGUCUUUGAACCACGGCUGGAGAAGGAUGAGGUUUGCAAAGCUCUGAGUUGUGUGGUGUGCUCAGAUCAAGGGUGAGGUUGAGGUCCGGCGGGCGGCCAAGGCGAGGUUGCCGCCCGCCGGUGAAGCGAAAAAUAUUAGGUUUUAAACCUGCUCUGAUACCAUGUAAAAAAAAAUGAUGUAUUAUUGAAUGAUGUUGAUUGUUGUAUCAUUGAUAUUACAAGGAUUCCUAUUAUAUAGAAGAGGAUUUGGGUAGUAGGUGAGGAGUAUGUGAGGGUAAAUUGGUGGUAGGUGUAGUAGGUGUGGUAGUAGGUGGUGGUAGGUGUAGGUAAAUUUUAAC